AUGUCGCAACAGUCGCUGGAUGAGUAUAAGCAAGCCAGGGCUGGAGCGCUACAGCAGCCACACCUCGCGCAUCAGGAGUUAUAUUUUCGGGAGCAGCGUAACCUCAAGAGAGCAGCGCCGAGCCCAACGGUCAGCGGACUGACCACACCGCAGGAGCAGGCGGCGAAUGUUUUUACCAGCGAAGCCACACCGCAGGAAGGAGACACCUUGGUGCAGCCUGUUUUCCUUGAGGAUCAGACCGCCCUACAGGCAGUGGCUUCGGAUUUUGGGGUCAAUGUGAAUGAUCCUGCAGCAGUGGAGGCCUUUUACCAGACCCCGGUCCAUACCGCCUCGGAUGUCAUCAAGCUUGUCAGAGGAUAUCACAAGAAGGUGAUCAGACCGGAGAUGCUGGGCCUGGUUGCUCAACUGGAGCAUGCUGUGAAAAGGGUGAGCGAUUCGGUGUUUCAGUGCCAGCAGGAACUCCAGUUCAUGGUCACUGAAAAUCGCUCCAGCCAAAAGCACGCCUCUGGAAUGAUGCUUGUGACAACGGGGUGGCCGAAUGGUAUGAAUCCUCAGCAACGGCUAUACAUGAUUGGCUGGAUGCUAGGCCAAACCGCCGAGAUUAUCCAGUACUUGCAGAACAGAGGACUUUUGGAGGCUCAGUAUGACCCGGACAAGAUCACACCGCAGUUCUGGCUGAACGUGCUCCAGAGUGAUCCAACCACAGUGCCGCAGUCGGGUGGGUUCUAUAGCGGAAUGACACUUUUGUCAUUUCGCUCAUGGGACCUACGAUCAGCUUUUCUGAAGAAGUAUGGCGGCCAGAGCGGGGUUCCACUAUAUGUGGACCCGACCACACCGCAACCUGGGAAGCAUAUUCGGGUUGCACCGUGCACACCGCAGUGGCAGAGGAAAUUAGAGUCCCCGUUGAGAGUUUUAAUUGCGGCUAUCAAUGCCCACCCUGACACUCAAGGGCAGCAGAUUGUCAUCCUUUGGAAAACUUUGACAAUCAUGCAGCCAACUGAGGACAGGGAUUUUAGGCCAGACCGCAUUGCUUGGGCACGGCUGUGGUACGAAGAACAGGGUGGCACUUUUGUCGGCCGCCUUGAGGUCCACACCGCCUUCGCAAGACUUUUGAUGGGACCACCCCUCACAGAUGACUCCACGGAGGAGUCACUCUGGUCAGAGGUGUGGAAUUCCACGAUGUGGGGUUCCCAGCUGGAGUUGGAUCAGGAAUCAGAGAAAGUGGGAAGCUACGAAGUGGCAACCUACUGCGGCAAACCAGCCUACGACCACACCGCAGAUGAUUCCGAGAUGCCCGAUGCAUCCGCUCCCAGUACAGCAGCAGCACCGGGUGCUGCCACACGCCAGCGUGAAGCCAAGGCUGGCAAGGGCAGGGGCGCUAAGGCCACACCGCCCUCUGCGUGA